ACCGCAUCAGCCCCCAUACUAAUCAAAAUCAUAAUCCAAAUCAUAAUCAAUAUUCUAAUCUCCUGCUUACAAUCGCUGACAAUCUUUUCAAUUCGAAUCCCAUGCGCUUCAUCGCACGACCAUCCUUUACGAGUAUUUCCCGCCUCACUCGCCCUGCUGCUGCUGCUCACCCGCGCAGACCAACACUGAUAGCCCUCCCCGCCCGCGUGUCUUUUAGAGAGUGUGUGCCUUAUCAACGGAAGAUAGCCACCAUGCCGCCUACUGCUGCGCAACCUACACCCGACUCCAAGCCCAGUGAGCAGCAGCCGACUGCGGGAGCGGAAGCGAAGGAGGAGGCCCCCCUCCCGCCGCUCUCCGCGAAGGAGUUCCGGGUGUAUAAUCGGUUGGCGGAGCAUAUGGAUCAGUUUCACACCCACUUCCGCCACACCUACGCAACCCUCCAAACCGCCUGCGCCCCCUCUAACAAAAAGUCCACCCUGCCCCCGAAAGCCCUAAUCACCCUGGGCCUGGAGUUCUGCCACCACCUCACGGUGCACCACACGAUCGAGGAGCGGCACAUCUUCCCCGUGCUGGCGCGCCGGAUGCCCGAGUUCCGGCGCGAGCUGAGCCUGAUCGGCCAGCAUAAAGUGAUCCACCGGGGGAUGGAUGCGCUGGAGCGGUAUCUGGAGGGGUGUCGGCGCGGGGAAACCGAUCUGGAGCGGGGGGAGGUGAAGCGGUUGCUGGAGGGGUUUGGGACGGUGUUGUUUGAGCAUCUGGAUGAGGAGGUGGACGCGUUGCGGGCGGAGAAUAUGAGAAAGUAUUGGGCUUUGGGGGAGAUGGCGGGGUUGCCUAUGUAAUCUAUCUAUCUUUUGUAGAGGAGGAGGGGAAUUGGGGGA